AUGGGUAUCUCUGCAGCAUCCUUGCGCAGUUUCCAUGUCCAUGGUUGUGACGGGGAGCAUGUGACGUUACGCUGUCCCCAUGGCACGACCAUCAGUAUCCAGCGCGCCAUGUACGGCCGGCAGCUGCCCAGUCUGGAGAUGUGCCCAUCCUAUGCACGCAGUGCAACCCUGUCUGCAGCAGAGGCGGCUAAAGCUGCAGCACAGAAACUUCCCAUCGACGAAAACACCAACUGUGAUUCACCGACUUCUUUACAGAAAAUGCUGGAUGAAUGUCAGAACAAGAGGCACUGCCAGGUGCAGGUGCACACGCAGGUGUUUGGAGUCGACCCGUGUCCAGGCACCAGCAAGUACCUGGAGGUCAAGUACAAGUGCAAACCAAGCCAGUACAAGGGGAGGGUAGCCUGUGAUGGAGACACACUCAGACUGCGCUGUAAGAAGAACCACAGACUCGCUAUCUACACAGCCAUGUACGGUCGGGGACAGGACGGCAGUCUGGAGUGUCCAUCUAAUAUACCUCAGCCACACAAUGAAUGCAGAUCUGCGAGUGCCUUACAGAGGAUAAUCCAGCAGUGUCAGGGGAAGCCGCGCUGUGUGCUGGAGGCUGACAGUGGGGAAUAUGGAGACCCCUGUCCCCGGGGGACCAGGAAAUACGUCAGCGUCAUCUACACAUGUGGUGAGUAG